CAGAAUUAUUUGGUUAUCACUGAAUGUGACCACUGCGGUUUCAUUAAUACCACCAGAACUAUUACUUCGCAGCCGAAGCUUGACGUAAAACUUCCUUGUGGUAACACGUACGUUUUCACAGUCAAAGCACAAACAAAACGUGGUAUUAGUGGGGGCAGCAAGGUCUAUCUUGAAAUAAAGCCUUCAGUUGGUGCAGUUACUAACCUGAUGGUUAACUUCAUUGGUGGAGGAGAAGACACAAACGGCACAGAUUGGUCAAAAGAACGUGAGAAGGGUUUUCUGUUGACAUGGAAUGCCCCACAUGAUGUAAAGACUUCUGAUAUUAAGGUAGUAGAUUGUCUUACUUCGAACGUUUGCCCUUAGACCUAAUUAGGAUCUCAUGCACACUCAAGUUUGUUAGAACGGCCUUGAACAGAAUAAUAAAUAGUAUCACCACAGAAAAUACUGAUCAGUAGCUUUUCAGUUAAAGUGGCACACGAUAGAACUUCAUCCACCACUCAAAAGUAAAAACCACUUUGUGUAAUGAACGGUGCCACAGGAAAGUCAGUACUGAUGAGUGGCUUUCAUUGGAAUCAACACACACCGGAACUUCAUCCACAGACUCGACACAGACUCAAAUUAAGAACUACAUUGUAUAGUUUAAUAAACAGUGCCAAAGGAAAGUAUUGCUCAGAAGCUUUUGUAUGAAUUGCCACUCCCUAGGGCUUUAUCCAAAGACUCCAAAGGUAGAACUACCUUACAAAGCAAGUAAAAAUAUAUAUAGAUAUACGAAAGUGCUUAUUUUAUUUUAUUUUAUUUAUUUAUUUAUUCAUUUCUAUUUUUGCUACACAAAAUUUACAAAGAAAGAAAGAAAAAAUACUGAUUACAGAGCGAAAGUGGCGAGGAAGCCCUAAAUAGAAACCACGUACAGGGCUUAUAACGUAAGGCUUCCACAAUUACAACUCAUGAUGGCUACACAUGUACAGCUAUGACAAUUCUCUGUAGCUGUCAUUUAAAUGGUUACACCAUAAGACUUUCAUCCACAGACUUAGAAGUAAGAACCACCUUAUAAAGCAUAAAAAUCACAUCGAAUUACUGCUCCGUAAUUCUUAUCCACAGACUCAAAAGUUAAGAACCAUCCCUCCAUAUUUUUAUAUUUUUCCGUCGGUUGUUUAUUUAUUUAUUUAUUUAUUUUAGUUCUACGAAAUAAUAGUAAGGAACCAAAACAAAGGACAGCUUGUUACUCUUACGAAAACGGAUGCAAAAUCAACGAAC